AUGUCCGCAGAUGCUGCCCCGAUGAUGUCCGACAUUCCAUCGCCACCCCAAGAGCCCAUGACAGCUGCUGACGCUUACGAUUGGGACAUGCUUCCAGAUAAGUUGGCCAACCCUUCUCGCUAUGAGAUCAUUGCUCAGAGCGAGGCGCUGCUAGACGUGUAUAGCAAGCCCAUGGUCAAGUAUGAGGAAGACGGCGCAGAUGCUGAUACAGGCGUUGGCAGCACGUCGGCUGAGCACAUGUCCGAUGGCAAGUCCAUGGAGGAUGAAGUCGACAUCGUCAGCAUGCAGCUCUUGGCAGGAAUGCCUCCAGUCGAUCACGGCGACGUCGAGGCAUCUGGGAAGGCUGGUGACAAAACGCUGCAGAGCAUCUACCAGAACAUAGUCGCCGCAGGGGUCCCUCCCGCUCCCGAGGACAGCAAGGAAGACGACGAUGAUGAUGCAUUGAUCCGACAGUUCAAGGACGCGCUGCACGGCGGCGAGAUCAUGGCGAGGUCGGCGAUGGGCCAGAAAUUCGCCACUGCCAUGAAGAACGACGAGAAACUCGAGAGGGACUACGGGAAGUGCAAGGGCAGGGAUCGGCAGAGGAACUUCAAGAAGAAGUGGGUGAAGGACACGUUGAACAAGCUGAUCGAGGAGAAGAUUUCGGAGAAGGAGGAGGACUCGACCACUCGGGGCAAGCGCGGCAAAUACAAACCGUUCAGCAUCAUCGUGCGCGACGAGGGGAACGAUGAGUUGGCGUACAAGGCGGCACUGAACGUGGUGAAGAACUGCUUCGAACUCAUGCAAGCGGGGAAAACGUUUGUUGGCGAACCGUUCAUCAAGACCGACAUGCAGAGCGAGAGGGUGAAGUUUCUUCACUUGGACGAGUACGUCGACAGCAACUUCAAGCGCACGAAGGGCACGGAAAAGAUCUUCAAGAAGUCCGACACGGAGACCGCGGGGUCCGCAGCCGAGCCGACCACGGAGACCCCGAAGACGAAGCAGGGCCAGGAGACGCGCACCCCUCCAAAGGGCAAGGACCCGACUACGAAUCCUGCUAAGAGGCAGCGCGGAGCUCAACCCGAUGCUGGGCAGCCUCGCAAGGCGGCCAAGUUCUCCUUCACCAAGGCGUUGAAGGCAUAUGCGGAUGCGUCCAAGGCUCAGCAAAGCUGCAAGGAUGUCACGCACGCGAUCUCCACGAAAGUGGAUUGGCAGAAAGCUGUAGGAGAUGGGAUGGUCCAGGGCCUCCGCGAGGCAAGGGAGGCAGUGGAGACCUUCCUCGAGAGCUCUCCCUAUUGGGCGAACGUCGGCCUGGCGGACAACUUCCAGAAGUGGGCCAAAACAAACCUGGAGGCGACCGACAUCGUGAAUGAGACCAACUGCUCGGGAGAGCUGGACUCCCUCGUCGCGAAGCUGGUCGAGGCAACCAACCGUUGCAAGAGGGUGUAUGAGGCUUCCAUCGCAGCCUGA